AUGGCUCCUGCAGCGACCUAUUCGCCACAUAACUAUCGGGUCCUGGCAGAGGAGGCACAGCAGAGCCAGGUCACAUUGGUUUUCAUAAUGCUGAUGGCCCUUGCAGCUUUGAUGUGCUCGGCUGUGCCGCAUGCUCGCGCUGAGGCCCUGGUGCUUCCAGCUGUCGAAGGCGUUGCGCUGACCAGUCCUGAUGAAAUCCAUCGUGCGCUGGCACCUGCGUGGGAAAGCUUGGUGGAAGAGCGGAAUGCCGCAGGCCUCGUCCCAGCCAAUCAAGAAGGCCAGCCGCAGCCUCCCAUGGGCCGCGAAGAGGCGGCCUUUCAGUACAGGCGUGUGCAAGAUGGCCAGGUAGAUUCGGCUCGGCUCUUGCUCGUCUUCGGGUUGGUGCCCUCGGCUAGGCACCUGGACCAAUCCACUGCGGACCUUUUCUGGCAUGAGCGUAACGAGUCACAGCCGAAGGACACUGGGCAGUUGGUCACCUUGAACCCUUUGCAGCGCUAUGCUGAUGGCUCCACGCCGCUUCACCUUGCAGCCACGUUCGGCCUUCCGGAGUCCUUGGGUGCCUUGCUGGAUGCCGGUGCCGACGUCCAUGCGAUUUCGGGGUCAGGUGUGCAACCAAUCCAUGCUGCCGCCAUUGCGGGCCACCGACGUGCUGUGGAUCUGCUCGUCGAGAAUAGGGCAGAUCUGAAUGCUCCCCACGGCUUUGCAAGCAACUCCCCCUUGCAUUUUGCAGCCGAGAUGGGCCAUGUGGACGUGGUACGGCGACUCUGCCAGCUUCGUGCCGAUGUGGAGGCAUCCAAGGCCCAAGGAGGCACGGCCCUCCAUACGGCCGCUGACACGAACAACUCGGCCGUGGUGGAGGCCCUCCUCUCGGAGCCUUGCUCGGCGGACCCGGAGGCGCUCCUUUUGAAGGACACGCCCGCUCUGUACCUGGCAGCGUCGCGAGGGUUUCCGGAUGUCAUCGAGGCCCUACUCGCCGGCGAUGCCAACCCUGACAGGACUCUUCGGCAGCGGAUGGGGCAGGGCAAAGGGUCCAAGGUGGCGGCGACGACGGACCCGUCGAUGCCGAUAAUGCCGGGCAGCAGCCGCCAGGCGCCCGGCUUUGAGGAGGCCAACGGCGCUACAGCCUUGCAUGCGGCCUGUGAGAAUGGCCACCUCGCGGCAGUGCAGGCGCUGCUGGGCGGCGGGGCCCGUCAGCUGGCCACGAUGCAAGGGGUGACGCCGCUGAUCACCGCGCUCCAGUACCACCAGAGGGCAAUCGCCGCGGUGCUGCUCGAGAGCAGGGCUCCGGCAAAUGUGCACGUGGUGUCGCCAGCAGAUGGGCAGACGGCGCUGCACAUUGCAGCAGCAUAUGGCUAUUCUGAGGUCGUGGCUGGCAUCCUGCGUCAAGGAGGAGCUUCGGACGUGGAGGAUAGAGCAGGUCAUACACCCAUGGACUACGCCCGAGACAAGUUGGUUCUCUGGUUGUUGGGCCGCUUCCAUGGUCGAGAUGGCACUUUGGAUGAGCUGGUCCGUCGUCACCUGGGCGGCGGGCUGAACUCUCUGCUUCACAAAAUCGAUGAGACGAAGGCUCCUGCCCACAAGAAGGACCUGUACAAGAUGUACUUGCGAGCGUACGAGGAUGGCAGCCUGCCAGAGAUCUCUUCUCAGCUUGCAUUGCAGGCACGAGCAGGCCCGAAGACUUGGGAGUCGUCGGACGCGUUGCGGCGCUUCGCGGUGGCACGAUUCCUCCUGGCCGGCGCUAGCGACGUGCCCGUGGUCCUGGAGGCGAUGCUCCACCGCAGUGAGGCCUCGCUGCAUGCAGCUUUGGCGCUGCUCGGCAUCCCGGUGCAUAGCCUGCGCUACAUCCCAGACCAGGAGCUGUUUCUGCUGAACGGCCAAAACCUCCACGCCGUGCUGGAGGAGACGCUCCUUGUCGCCAGGAAGGCGGCCCAGGGCCUCGAUGCCACGGAGGCCGAGAGGCUUCUGAGUCGGUUCCGAACCUCGGAAACCUCGGGGACCUGGGAGACCUCCGGUCGAGCCACACACGACCCCGAGCUCUGA